GAUUGCAUUGAUAUUUGAUUUAUCACUAACCUCCAUUUCUUGCGUUGUAUUCAUACAUUUAUAUUUUGCUAGAUGCUUUUGCAUAAAAAAAAAGUUAGAAAUUCCAUUAUUGAACAGGAGAAAAAAAAAUUUCAAUCGUGAGAAUGGUGAAAUAGCAUGUGCUUGUUUUCAAAGCUUAAAUAGUCUUCACGGUGUACCAGCGUUUACUCUUUUGUUUUCUUUGCUGUCUUUUACCACGAUCAAAUAAACAUGCCGCAAGGUUACAAAGUGGAUGUUGAAAAGGCAGUGGGCCACCAAUUUGAACCCGUUUACGUAAGCUGCAAUCGCCGCGAUUUUUUGCUCUAUGCCUUGUCCGUGGGAGUACCUGAUGACGAUUUACGGUGGCUAUACGAAUUGGACGCUAACUUUGCUCCGUUACCGACGUAUCCCUUAAGUCUGUUGCUCAAGGGCGAUGAUGGGGACGUGAACUCUUUUGUUGAGCGGUGGCAAAUCGGCGGUUCCCUUCCUGGCGUGCCUCACUAUGAUCCCAAUAAGAUCGUUCACGGUGAACAAAGCUUAAAAGUGAUCCGUCCGUUCCCGAUUGAAGGAGGACGGUUCAAAUCCGUACGUACCUGUACGGGAGUGUACGAUAAAGGCUCCGGCAUGGUCAUUGAGUCGGUGGUUGAUCUUUACGGUGACACAGACGGGCUGCAUUACUGCAGUAUGGGUACAAAGAUGUUUGUUCGUGGUUACGGCGGAUGGAAUGGACCCAAAGGCCCGAAAGCAGUGCAAUACCUUCCACCGAAACGAGCCCCUGAUGUGAUUGAACACUUUCACACCGCACGAAACCAAGCACUGCUGUAUCGUUUAUCCGGUGAUUUCAAUCCAUUGCAUGCGGAUCCUGAGCUGGCUCCACGAGUAGGGUUCCCACGACCCAUUUUGCACGGUCUGUGUUCGUAUGGCCGCUGCGGACAUGCUAUCGUUAAGCAUUUUGGUGAUAAUGAUUACGCUCGUUUCCGGUCCAUCGAAGCCCGGUUUGCUCUUCCCGUAUUCCCCGGCGAAACCGUCGAAGUAUUGAUGUGGAAAGUCGACAGUCCUGAUCCCACUUUUGACGCCGUCAUCUUUGCCGCCAGAGUCAAAGAACGCGAUGCUAUCGUCUUAAGCCACGGUUAUGCUACUCUUCAUAAAAAGUCACCCACUUCAUCCAAAUUGUAAAAAAAGAAAGAAAAAAGACGCUCUUUUUACAACUAAAUAACUCGAAAGUCAUUUUUUCUUGAGAAAAAUCCGCCCCAACCAAUUAAGCGCUGGGCUACGAUAUAAGAAAAAUGAUUAUUUAUCUUCUUCCUAUCCCUUGUCGAUCAAACAAUACGUAUAUAUAAAUGAUCUUGAUAACGAGCGAGUCAAU